UCUCAGCGAUGGUCCAGGCUGAGAGCGAGCAGGGCACAGAGGGGGUAAGAAAGACACAGGGGCUACUGGCAAACACUGGGCCCUGGGGUAGGCUUGGGAAAGCUGUUAAGGAAUCCCAGGGUCAGGCCUAAUCCCUGGGUGGAGCGGGUGCAGCAGGAAAGCGCCUUUCAUCUACCAGCAUUGCAGCAAGACAGAGUCCGAGGAGUCACACAGUCAGGUGAGAAGAUGUUCCCACUUAUGCAUUCGGACCACACCCGAGAGAGAAAGAGGCAGGUGAUGGCCAUCGUGAGGGAGAUGGCAGGAGAUGUCCCCCAGCUGGACCUGGGGAAGAAGGUCAGCACCCCCCAGGAUCUGAUGGUGGAAGAGCUGUCUCUGCAGACAAACAGGGGCUCCAAGCUGUUCCAACAGAGGCAGAAGCGGGUGCAGAAGUUCAUCUUGGAGCAUCCUACUGGCUACAGAGCCAGCUCAAGCAGGAUGGCAGCAGGCGGCUCGCCCGGCACGGCUGAGGGGGACCUGGCGGGAAGACCGGACGCGUGGCUGUCUGCCCAGGGCCAGGAGAACUAUCGCACUGAGCGUCACGUGGCAGCAGCAGGCCAGGGGACCCCUCCCAAAGUGCCCAAGAAGACAAACAAAGUCAUACAAAUGAGUAAAGCCCUCAAUCCCGAGGCCCUGGCCCCAGGCUACUCUGGACCGCUGAAGGAAGUCCCACCAGAGAAGUUCAACUUCACUGCCAUCCCCAAGGGCUACUGUUCCCCUUGGCAGGAAUUCCUCUUCAGCGAGGACUACCGGAUGGAGAGCAAGAGCCAGCUGCCUGAACUGCCCAGGAAACCCAGACCCUUCGAGUUGAGGAGCUUCAACAGGACUCCUACCCCGUUCGGUGGAGUGCUACUCAAUGACAUGUUCGCUGUGCCUGGGUUGGAGAUGGAGGCUCAGACAGACACCCCAAACAGCCUGGAGCUCGUCUGGAACAGACCCAGCUUUAACAGAGCACCCCAGGGCUGGGUACGGAUUUUACCAGAGACAGAAGAGCUGUAAUGUAAUCUUACUCCCUUCUACCCCCGAGAUGCUUUAUCUGCUAGGCUCAAACGUGCUUUGUUUUAAAUCGCUGGUAGAGGUACUCCUCAGCACAGCAGAAAAGGGGAGUCGAAUUUUUACCCAUGCACCCCGUGAAGGCUCAGUGGCACAGUAUGUCAUUCACUUCCACACACAGCCACCAGCAAGCUCACAUCUAGAGCCAUUCCUGGACUACGCCGUUACAAGGUUUUCUAGGUGUCCAUUAUUGUGGCAGUGGGACAAGUUGACCAGCUAAGUUCUCACUGAUAAAACAGUGGGAUUCCAGUAAACUUCCACAUCCAUCAUCAUACCAUGGAACAAUCCGACUGGAGCAGACACAUUGUCCUCGCUCCAGUGUUGUGGCAAAUGGCAGAAGAGCCAGUUGUCAUCACAUCAAGUCGCCUUGCAACGGAUCUGCUGAAACAUUUAACACCAGCAUUGACAGGUGGUGGCUGCUCAGAGAAAUCCCAGCUUAAGGGCAGUGCUGUAGAAAUGUAAUGUUGGUUGAGAUGGCGAGGGGAAGUAAUAAGGCAGUGGUAAUUGGGGAAUGCGGGUGAAAUAAGUUGCUAAUGGCUUUCUGACACAUAAGGAGAUAGCAUGUUAAAAGAAAUUACAUCUAACUCCGCUAAGAAACAAAACACUGGGCUGGGUGUGCGGGGCCGGCUGUCAGGUAGAAACAUGUACUGCAUAUAAGGGAGGAGAGUGCUUGAGAUCACCAAUACCCGAACUGGGAGAAUCAGGAGCCUAUGCCAUUUUCCCUGCUAGUUACUGGUUGGUGUGUUACACUUCCUUUCCUACCCCUAACAACUUGCUGUAUGAGGUUACACACCACGGUUUUAAUAUUUAUACCACUUGAUUACAAUUAUCUAUGGAGUGCCUGAUGCUGCUCAGAUUUUCUUUUUUACUUCAAUAAUAGUCAGGAUCGGCUCCUGCUGGUUUCAGAUGCAGUACACAAUCGGUGCAGCCCCAGAAAACAAUGAUUCUGUAUUUAAGUACUUGCCAAUCUGAUUAUACAAAUCAAUGCUUGAUAAAAACAUUAAUGUGGUCCCACUAGGGAAGAGAGGACAUCCUACAUAACAAACACCUAGGGCAAGCAAGACCUUCAUGCAGCACAUAGUCAACAAUGGUGUUUUGACCACAGCCUUUUGCAUGUACACAGUAUACAGAACAGAGCUCUCCAUCAAAGGAAGAAUGCUACCAAAAAAAAAGGGCAGAGCAGAACCCAUGUAUGUUCCAAACACUCCCACUCACCCUGGCUAAUAGAAAAGCUCCAGCUCAACUAUGCACUUUCUACAUUUGUUUAGUUGUUUUUGUCAGAUUCUGAUAACCCUACUGUAACCUAACUGUGCAAAAAUGGUCUUGUUUUCUUUUUUAGUGGGUGAGUAAUAAUAUAUAGUUUUUGCAUCAUUGUGGUUAGGCUAGGUAAAUAAUUUUGCAGCCAGGCUGGUAAAUGUGCAAUUUUAAAGGGCUGCCUUAUUUGUAAGCAACGUAACAUACAACCACUGUGUUUCUAAUGCCAAUGAGGCCAUCCAGAGGGAAAGCAUGCACCUCAGUUAAUUACAAUCUGGGGCACUCCCCACUGCGAUGCAACACUCACGUGGGGAAUGUUCAUUCCUCUGCCCGCCCCCAGAAGCGCACCUGGGCAAACUGAACAAGUAAAAGAGCCAGUCGAAGUGUUUAAAAGGUUUGUGCCUGCGAAGUACUGUCCAGCUCUGAGCCCAUCUCCCUCUCCUUUGCC